AUGGAGUCCUACUCAACAGUGAGCGGUGGACUUGUGGAAACCACCGAUGAUGUGGUGUAUCCUUGUGAUGAGAUGUUUAACUUUGAAACAAUCAGUGGCGUCUCCCAAAUUUUGAUCUUCAUCUUCAGUGUCACAGGCAACUGUCUUCUCCUUCUUGUUCUCGCCACGCAAGAGAACCUGAGAAAUGUUACUAAUCUAUUCGUCCUGAACCUGGCCUGCUCUGAUUUGAUCUUCACUUUCACGCUCCCAUUCUGGGCCGUCCAUCAGCUGCACCACUGGAUCUUUGGUGAGUUUACCUGUAAGCUGAUGACUGCGGCUUACAUUGUUGGUUUGUACAGCAGCAUCAUUCUACUGACUGCCAUGACUGUGGAUCGGUUCACAAUAGUGGUGCUGCACAACAUGCCGAGCUACUCAGUAAGGAGGCAGAGGUUUGCAAUUGUAGCCUGUGUAGCUGCCUGGGUCAUCAGCACGGCCGCGUCCUUGAGUGAUGCUAUCAAAGUGAAGGUGGAAGAGAGUGGCGGUGCUUUCCUUUGUGAGGAUCUCUCUGAUGAACAUGAUGUCAAGCUUGGCUAUUAUCUCCAGGUGUCACUGCUCUUCUUCCUCCCAUUGGCCAUCAUUGUUUUCUGCUAUUCUGCCAUCCUCAAGACAGUUUUGCAGGCCUCAAACAGAAAAACGUCCAGGACUGUAGUGCUGGUGUUAUGUAUUGUCGCCGCCUUCUUCAUCUGCUGGGGACCUCACAGUAUUUUGCUUUUCAUCGGAACUCUGUACGAACCCAAAGACUGCAAUGCACAGAACGCUUGGAGAUUGCCUAUUCUAUUUGCCACAUAUGCUUAUUCUCACUGCUGUAAACCUCUGCUGUAUAUGCACUCACAAAAGAUGCGAAAACAUCUUUUGGAUUUGUUAUGCUGUGAGAAAGCCAAGAAGAAGAAAAGGGAAAGAGCAACUGGCCAGAGCACUCAGAUCGUAGCUUUGUGGCAGAAAACUCUGCUGUUACGUUUGAACUACACAGCAAAUAGAUGAAUGAAACCUGAAAAGUGCUUUCACA